ACUCCAUAAGCCAGAAAAAUAAACAAUACUACCCCUUUAACUAAUUAAAUCUUGUCCUAGAGGUUUUUUUGUGUGUUUGUUUUAACUUGUACCAUUCAGGUCAUGGGCCACAUAAAAUCUUUCCAAGUGCUGCAAAAGGUACGGGAGCCUCAGUUUGAUCUCCCCUACUUUAAACAUUGUUCUAUGUUUCCCGAUGAUUUUCCAAAGUGACUGGAAAAAAAAAAUUCCCCGAAAAAGUGCGACUAAAUCGUAGCAAAAAGGCACGUGCUGUUUUAAACAAGCAGCCUGAACGUGCGCGCUCCGGAGCAUCGCUCCCGGGAACGCGCAGCGGAAGCGAGCAGCAGCAUCUCUCCAGCAGCGCAGGGUUCAAGUCACAGGCGCUGCAGUUUGUUCAAAGCCGCGCCAGAAACAACAAGAGUUUAUUUUAAACAGGAAUAAAAAAUAAAAACCUGCGCGACGAUCAGAGGAGGAGAGACAGAAACAGAGAGCGGGGGGAUUUACUGAGCGAGGAUGUGUGGUGUGGAUGUGGACCUGGAUGACGGCGGCUCAGCGGAUGAGGAGAAGGAGGAGGAGUUCUGGGUGGGGGACGCCGUGAAGAUGCUGCCCCCGCCGGUGGCGCACAGCGAUGGCAGCGCGUGGGGUGGCCGCAGGGGCGCGUGCGGCUCGGCGGCCUGCGGGGCGGUUCUGGUCCUGUGGAACCUGUGCGUGGUGUCGGCUGGCGCUCUUCUGCUGGCGCUGGUCUUCUGUGUGGUGCUUCUGCCUGCGGCGCUGCUGCUGUACGCCGGCUUCCUCUGCCACUCCAGAGUCCUCGACGCCCCGGCAGCUGUCUGCCGCUACCUCGACGACAACAGCUGCUCCGCCCUCAUCAUCCUGGGCUUCGUGAUGAUGUCGCCCCUCGUAGUUUUGGCGGCGGCGGUUUUCUGCGGGUUGCUGAGGAAGUUCCGGCUCCUUCUCCUCCUCCAGCCGCUCUCCAGGGCGCGGUACCGAGGGAGGCUGCUGGACUGGGUGGGAAGAGUCCAGGCCUGGGUGUGACGGGCGAGGCUCAGGGUUGGUGUGCGCAGAAUGAGGAGUUGAAUGGUAAAAAGAGUGAGAGACGACAAUAAAAUAUUCAAUUUCCAGAGUAAACAAUCUGACAGUGAUUAGAAUCAUUUUCGGCUCUAAAUAAGCACAUUGUUUUCACCUAGUGUCAGUGGUUAUAUUAUUUUUGAAUAUUAGUUCUGUUUAAAAAAUAUUAUUUUAUUUCUGUUUGUUUUUAUUUUUCAUAUUAUUCUGCAGUGUUUGUACAUGUAGAUUAAAUUUGCGGUGUUUUGAGAUGUGCUUUAUUAUUAAUUCAUUUGACGCUAUAACAAAUGGAGACGGUGUAUUUGAGCCAUUGUAGAUAGAAAAUAUGAGUUAAUUUUCGCCCCCCACCCAGCCCACAAAAGACUGACAUUUUCUAGAAAACAAAAUAGACAUUUCUGAGUUUUCAAAAGUCUAAACUUGUCAACUUU